GUAUAUGUGCGUAAGCAACAGUGAGCUUUUGUGGCACAUGGCUCCGGCAGGCAGCUGUUUACGUUGCUGAUUGCGUGUCAUAAAGAAGACGUUGCAAUUGGAUCGAUUCCCCUUAAAGACCCGCGUGUGAGAUAUAUUUUUAGAACAAAUUAAAGGGGAACACGCGACUAUAUAUAAAUAUAUAUAUAUGCACGUUGUGUGUGUGAUCUCGCGACCGCUCACCCACCGUCCUAUUGUCUCAUAAUGCGCGCUCAAGCACGACGAUAAAUCCACGAAUGUGAAAUACAGCCCGUCACCAUCACCGUGUGACAUGACAGUCACAUUUUACGACGAGUUAAAAGCAGCAGGAACUACACUUUAACCGACGAGACGCUAUCAAAAGCGCGCGGGUCAUCAUUUUCCAAACGAUUAAAAAGGCGCGUGCCAAAUAGGGGGGCUCUCGUGUCCCUGCGCGCGCUGGCUUCGCAACAUACACACACAAACAAUAAUUUGACUGGGGUCGCUGUGCGUGCGGUAGGCGGAACCCGAGCACUCUUCACAUCCCACUUUUGAGAAGAUUACGGGGACAACUGAGUGGGAAACACAUGACAUUAACGCAGUUUGGAGGGAAGGCGGACGGACGUAGUGGGACAGAGGCAGGACGACACGCCACACGGGUCGAGGCAGAGCCCAGCAGCGAGCGGAGGCACGGUCUGUGUGGAGAUAUUUGGAGUUGGAGGAGGACACUGGUACUUCUCUGAUCGCAGAAAGAAAAUAGAAUCUUCACUCUCGGAGAGCACUUUUCAAACACUUGCACAGCCUCAGACAUUUACACAUUUCAUCAGACUCAUUAUUACAAACACGCAGAGGCAGCAGAGCAGAUAUGAGUGAGGAUAAACCAGCCGAUGCUGUGGAAACUGCCCCUGCUGAGGUGAACGCUAUUCCUAAUGGGAAAGGCCAUGAGCCCGGGGAGGAGAUCACAGCCAAAACACCACCUGCAGAUUCUGGUGAAAAGGAAACUGUACCCAAUAGUGCCCAGAAUGCGAGUCCCAACAGAACUGAGAAUACAGAGGCCAACCUGCCUGAGAGCCAGGAGUUCUUAUCAGGCAUGGAGGACAAGCAGGCCACUCGCUUUACAGAUUUUGAGGGGAAAACCUCGUUUGGGAUGUCCGUCUUCAACCUGGGCAAUGCAAUCAUGGGAAGUGGAAUCCUAGGACUAGCAUAUGCCAUGGCCAACACCGGGGUCGUCCUGUUUUUGGUUCUUCUAACAGUGGUGGCAGUCCUCUCGUCAUAUUCCAUCCAUUUACUGCUAAAGUCUUCUGGUAUUGUAGGUAUUCGUGCGUACGAGCAGCUCGGCUACAGGGCCUUCGGCACCCCGGGGAAGAUGGCGGCAGGUAUUGCCAUCACGCUGCAGAACAUCGGAGCCAUGUCCAGUUACCUGUACAUAGUCAAGUAUGAGUUUCCUUUGGUCAUCCAGGCCUUUCUGAAGGUGGACCACCCUGCAGGUGAAUGGUACCUGAACGGAAACUACCUCGUGAUCAUUGUAUCUAUUGCAGUAAUAUUACCACUGGCUCUCAUGAAACAGCUAGGAUACCUGGGAUACACCAGUGGUUUCUCCCUGAGCUGCAUGGUUUUCUUCCUCAUUUCGGUCAUCUACAAGAAGUUCAAUACCCCGUGUCCAUUUACGGACUUUGUGUUCAAUGCCACUGCCAGUGUGCUGAAUGUCAGUGCCAUGGAUCCCGGCGGGGAGCCUGAUCCUGCAUGCAUUCCCAAAAUGGCCAACCUCAACUCACAAACGGCCUACACCAUCCCCAUCCUGGCGUUCGCCUUUGUGUGCCACCCCGAGGUCCUGCCCAUCUACACAGAGCUGCGCAAUCCCACCAAGAAAAAGAUGCAGCAUGUGGCCAACAUCUCCAUUGCAGUCAUGUACAUCAUGUACUUCCUGGCUGCCCUUUUUGGAUACCUAACUUUCUAUGGUGAAGUGGAAGCAGAGCUGCUUCACACCUACAGCCGCAUCGACCCGUAUGACACUUUGAUUUUGUGCGUGCGUGUGGCUGUGCUCACUGCUGUCACACUCACUGUACCCAUUGUGCUCUUUCCUGUACGGAGAGCGAUCCAGCAGAUGAUGUUUCCCAACAAGACCUUCAACUGGCCUCGUCACAUCGCCAUCGCCUUCGUUCUGCUCACUUUCAUCAACCUGCUGGUUAUCUUUGCCCCCAACAUCCUGGGCAUCUUUGGAGUUAUUGGUGCCACAUCUGCCCCUUGUCUCAUCUUCAUAUUCCCUGCUGUCUUCUACAUCCGUAUUGUACCCAAAGAAGAGGAACCAAUGCGCUCGUUCCCUAAAAUCCUGGCCGCCUGUUUUGCUGGGAUAGGCUUCCUGUUUAUGAUAAUGAGCCUGAGCUUUAUCAUCAUUGAUUGGACAUCGGGCACCAGCAAAGCCGCCAGUGGUCACUAGGCACCACCUUCUAUGUUUUCUCCAGUUUUUAUAUUGUUGAUUUAGAUCUGUGUUGUAAUGUUAAAGUUUUUACGUUGAAUGAUGUUUAAAGUUGAAGAUGCCCUAUGUUUUUCAUUAGAGAAUACUGGCCACAGAGAAGGAGUCUAGAGUUUAGGAUGGCUCUCAAUUCCUCCGCAAAACCUCUCACUCUAAUGACGUUGCUCUGUACUGUGCAUCCUGCCAAACAGUGACUGACUGCAGUUUCAUGCUAGGAGACUUUCCUGGAGAGAAUUUAAAAAAUAGGCCAGGUGCAUAAAGAUUCAUGUUGACAUUUGGAGGCUGUGCCUUGUGAGAUGGAUGUAAAAUACCUGAAAAAUAAGUCUGCCCCUAACGCAAUCUAUGAUCUGCAACUCAGAUUAUAUUCUGCAAUCUGAGGCACAGAAAUCUCCUGAAUGAUUUUUAAUGUUGAUUAUUAUUAUUAUUAUAAUUAUUAUUAUAAGUUAUUUGAAUAACCACAUAUUUGAACCUGUAGAGGAAAGUGAUAGUAAAAGCUAUUGCACAGAAUGAAAAGUUAAAGGAAUAGUUUUCAAGGACUACACUUACACACUUUCUUGCAGAGAAGACCGAUACCACUCAACUAGCAGCUGGUUCGCAUAGCUUAGCAUAAAGACCAGGAAAAUGUCAAACUGUUUUCUUUAAAGUGUGCAGCCUUUAUCUCCUACUCCACUAACUGCUGGUUAUUUUAAGGUUUGAAGGUGUUAACAUUCUCACCGCUGACGGAGCAGGGUGCAAAACCACAUGCGGUAUGUGGUAUAAUAGUGUUGUAAGCACAUUUAUCAUAACAUUCCUACACAAGAUGAUCUAGAUGUAUAUUUUUUAUUAUAAAUCACUCAGAAGAUGCAGUAUGGACAUGAUCCUCAGCGAGGCGAUAGUAUCAGAAGGGCAGGUUUCAGGUCAGGAUCAUUUUAAAUGGUUCCUGGCUGUCCAGCUCACUACAUAAAACAAUGCCUAUAUUUUUUUCAGUAUUACCCUGUAAAUUUAAAGAGUUAUAAGUGGUACUGAAGACCUCAUUCUAUUGACUGUGAAGAUCCAAAAGAUAAAUGAAAAUAAGGAAGUUACCGCUCAGUGUUCUUAAUGAUCGAACAGGGUCGAUUUCUGCCUGGAUGAUGCGUUGUUUCUGAACAUUUACUGGAAAUAAUCAGAGAUAACCAAAAACAAUAAAACAACAGGGUUACUUUGCAAAGUGGUUAGUAACAUUUUGAUGUCUGUAUAUAUUUCUGUGUCCAGCACAAGCUUGAUCCCUAACAGAAAUGACAGACACGGGAUUAGUUGAAUAGUUGGUGGUUAGCAAUAGCACUUUCCUUUGAUAAGCACAAUGUCUUGUAGCCAUUAAUAAGUUGAAACACAAGCAAAUGAUUUGUGAAAAAACUCACAUAUUCGAUAGAUGUGAUUUAAGGGUGCGUCCCCUUUGUAUAACUAAAUCUUUGGUGAAGUAAUCAAUCUAAUGUAGAUUACGAGCAAAUUAGCAAUGUAUCGAUGGUAUAAUAUGGAUGUCUCCUCAAACAUUACUUGAAAUAACGUUAAGGUUAGUGUUCCUGUGAGCCCCUGCGGUCAUUAGUCUCCGUUCUGUAGAUAAAACAACUAACCAGUUGGCUGUACUGUUGGAGGUUUUUAAGUGUCCGUGUUGUUUAAAAAAGAAAACAUGGCUCCACUGUAUUUGAACUAUAUAUGCAUUAGUGUUGUUAAACCUGGACCUAUACUCCGAUCAGAAGUAUGAUUCAAGUGUUCGUCUCCUGCCAUUUAUAGAUUAACUGUUGUUUUAAACUUCAUGUUUAAUGUUUAUUCAGUUGAAUCUGAUCCAGUGAUGAAAUGCAAAACCUGUUAAUGAUUGAUUUUAUGUUUUUUUUUUCUUUCUCGUCUUAUAUUUGUCUUUUAUAGUCAGUGGCAUGUCAUCAGUGGUAUACGUUUCUGACUUCCUUGCUGCUUCUUGGCAGACAGUAACCGACUUACUUGGAGUUGUUAGUGAGCUGGUGUACUUGCCUACAUUUAAAUAUAUUUUUAAUGAUAAACUCUGUUACACCAGAUGACAGUGAGUGCUGUAUGGGUCAGUCAGUAUUGUCCAGUCGAUUUGUUACAAAACAAACCUCCUUUUAAUCCCAUUUUUGGUUCAAUGUAUCUAGAUAUUAGGUUGUCUUUAUGUAUCUGUACACAGUGGGAAUCAUGUGAAUCAGCCACUGGGGCAUAACGUAGUGUUUGGUGUUGUUUAACCAAUGCAGGGUUUAUAUUUAUCCCCAACUUCCUGUUCCCAGUUUGACCUUUGUUGGCUGUGUAUGAAGAAGCCAUUCGGAAAAUCAGAUCACAAACAUUUUUCAAUGGUGCGCCCACGCAAAACACUUCAAAACCUCACAACACGCAAAAAAUAAACACGAGGCAACAAAGUGGGGGGAUACACUGUGUAAGUGGCUGAUACAAGAUGAUCUCCAAGGACCUCUAUUUAGAUCUCAGUGUUGUUAGUCUCCCUCUUUGUGUGAUUUAUGGAAAUGUGUAUGAUUGAACAGUAACAUAUUAAA